UUAGCUCACGUAAGUUGUUGCUGUGUGUUUUGGUAGCAGAGCACUCUGCUGCCAGUGAUGAGAAAAACUCCACAAGGAACGGAAUUAAUCUCCAGGCCAUUCAGGUGAGUGGCUAUUGCUUCCCCUAUCUUAUGCUAGACAGCUGGAAGGCUAACACAGGUUAUGUGCAUAGUAAGGUCAGUGCCGACCGAGCCGGCUGUGCAACACUACUACAACCGUUGCCACAUGUCAAAGGGCGCGAUUCCCACGAAGCUUAUUAUGCAAAUCCACAGAUGGAUCGCCAGGUACAGCCGUCCCGUCUUCAGCCGAGUUGGUGCUCGAGUUUGUGCUCUGGUACGGAGUACGUAUUGAUUUCUCAAUGCAUCCCCUUAUGCAGCCGAUCGACCGCACAAUCACGCCGACAUGGAAUCUGGGAUCGGCAAACUAGCGCGUGCUCGCUUAAAGGCUUCAUCGCCACAUCGUCAAUCAUAUACAGUAGGUGGUUCUUCUUCUCGAGUCACCUACAGAAACCGAGGCAGAUCUCGAGAUUGUUUCAUGAUGCGUUCGUCAGGUAUUGUGACGGAUCAAAACACGAGAACGAUACCAGCGCCGGGCCCAGCCUCGGUCCGUCCAGCCAUCGGGUUGCCGAACUCACAACCGAAGCCUCCACUCGGUGGGCCCAUGGAGAGUCGGUGGAUGGCGGUGGAGUCCACACAAGCAACGGGAUUCGGCCAGUCGAAUCGGACGACACCCACUUUUCCCUGGGAUGCUUGCAUCAACUGCACCAGGGCCAUCCUGCAUAGCCUGGUCAUGUCGUAGUGCCCGUUGGGUACCACACCCUAAUAAAAUUCCUCAAACACGCCAUACCAGUCGCCAAUAACCCAAUCCUUUAUAUAACCAUGUCACCCCACUGCCCUCGCUUGUCG